AAUCUGAUGUAAUGGCUCAGAGCAGUGCUGAGACUUUAGGACUUUAAACUGAACAUAGAAACAAACAUCAACUUGUUCAAACAGGGGCCAAAGUCAGCACACAUUCAAAGUCCACAUCUGUAGAAGAAACAGACGAUCCUCAGCACUGCUGUCCCAUCAGCAUGGAGCUGUCACCACCUCCAUCAGGACUAGAAGCAGAAUAUGCAGCACUUUUCACCCCUGCAUCGCUCCACUUCCUGCAUGAGCUUAUCUCCAUAUUCGAUCCACAGGUGGAUCAGAUCCUGCAGCAGAGGGUGUCCAGAAAGGCCCACCUGGAUCUUUCAGGUGACCUACCAAAUUUCCUGGGAAGCACUGCACACAUCAGGAACGACCCAACCUGGAGGGUGCUACCUGUUCCUCCCAGGCUCCAGAAAAGACAUGUGGAUAUUGGAGAUAUGGCCCCCUGUGACACUCAGCGCUUCAUCAGAGCUCUCCAGUCUCCAGCGCAGGGCAUACAGGUUGACUUUGAUGAUGGAAACUGUCCAACAUUUUUCAAUCAGGUCAAAGGUAUUCACAACGUCAUUAAAGCUGUCAACAAGCAGCUUCCUGAUGUUCCACACAUUUCUCAGGCUCCGGUGCUGAUGCUGCGUCCUCGUGCCUGGAACAUGGUGGAACACAACAUGAUGGUGGAGGGAAAAGAGGCUCCUGGUCCUCUGUUUGACUUUGGACUCCUCAUGUUUCACUGUGGAAAGAUGCUGUUUGAACACAAGUGUGGACCCUUUUUCUACCUGUCCAAAGUGGAAAGCUUCAUGGAGGCCAGACUAUGGAACAAGAUAUUUGUGUGGACACAGCAGAAGCUGGGCCUUCCACUGGGAAGCAUCAAGGCUACGGUGCUGAUUGAAAAUGUGUUGGCAUCCUUUGAGAUGGAGGAGAUUCUCUACGAGCUGCGAGAACAUUCAGCUGGACUCAACUGUGGAAUCUGGGAUUAUUCAGCUUCCUUCGUCAAUAAGUUUGGUCACCGUCCGGCCUUCCUGCUUCCUGACCGCAGUAAAUACGUCAACAUAGGGAAGCGUUUCCUACGCAGCUACAUGGACCUGCUGGUUCAGACGUGCCAUCGACGGGGAGCGCUGGCUACAGGAGGCAUGGCUGCUUUGCUGCUGCCUCAGGACGUCCACGCCGACUCCUACAGCAGAGUGCUGGCUUCUGUAAAAAGACUGAAGCUGCUGGAAAUCCAUGCAGGUGUAGAUGGUUUCAUGGUGUAUGACCUGAACCUGAUCGAGCCGAUGCAGGAACUCUUCCAGAUCCACACUGAAGGAGACAACCAGCUGCACCAGCUUCGAGGUGACGUGAGGGUGACUCCUGAGGACCUGCUGUCCAUGCCUUCAGGAGGAGUGACUUUGUUUGGUUUGAGGUAUAACAUUGCGGUUGGAGUCCCUUUGUUAACGCUUGGCUUCUCAGGAAAAGGCCACUUUUUCUACAAGGGUCAGGUGGAAGAUUCAGCCACUGCAGAGAUUUCCAGAUCACAGGUGUGGCAGUGGAUCCGCCAUCAGACUCGGCUGGAGGACGACAGCAGGGUGGUGAGCAGGCGGCUGGUGACGGACAUCACAGGGGAGCUCAUGAUGGAGCUCGGUGUUCACUGUCGCUCUGAUUGGUCCAAACGCAGGUUACACACCGCAGCCGACAUGUUUCUGGAGGUGGUCCUGAAGAAACACUUCCCAGAGUUCAUCACCUCCUACCUGAAUCAGGACCACACCUUCCUCAGCUUCCAGAACCUUCUGCAAGAGGAGGUUCUGGAAACAGACCAGCAGCGGGCCAAACUGUGAGGAUCGGGCUGGAGGACAGAUUCAUCCAAAACACACACACACCCUGAUCAGUUCUGGUUCUUACCGAGUUCAGAGAACAGAGAUGGAGCUGGUUUGAGUGUAAAUAAUUUACAAUAAAGAAAAAAAAUCCUGAAAAUUAAGCUGCUCAUGAAAAUCACUAAAUGUAUAAAGAUCAAACCGACCCAACCUAAAAUACCAGAACUUUACAGGCUGCUACACCAGCAGUGAUCUCCAACCAGAACUAGACCUGGCCCUUAAUAUGAAGGUGAUGAUCAUCUCAUUACAAACACCGCAGAACCAGAUAGAACCAAACAGAACCAGA